AUGCAGGUGUCCAGCAGCAGGGACUACACAGCUGGCCUUCCAAGAAAUAUGGUGAUGGCAGCACUGGCACCAGCAGCAGGUAGAAUGGGGGGAAGACAUGUGAUGCAGACCACCAGAUGCGCCUGCUCCAUCCCAUAUAGCUGGGACAGCGCAGGUAGCUGUCCAAUGCAUCCAGCAAGCCAGACCACGUGCCUCUCCCCUGUGCCUCUGUCUUCAGUUACUGCUGCCGCUGCGGGCAAAAACAAGGGCAGCCCGGACAGGCACCACGUGUUGGGCCUGGUAGCAGAUGGUUCCCUGCAUGCUGCACUGUCCCACACUUCCUGCAGGGUGUGCUGCUGCAUCCGAGUGGCCCAACUGAGCUGCCCUGGUCUGUCUGGUCUUCUAAUGAAGCAAAAGAAAUUUCUCUACCAUUUCAAGAACAUGAGAUGGGCUAAAGGCCGUCAUGAAACUUAUCUUUGUUAUGUAGUAAAACAGCGGAAUAGUGCCACAUCCUGCUCCCUCGAUUUUGGAUAUCUGCGUAAUAAGUCAGGUUGCCAUGUUGAAAUUCUCUUCCUGCGUUACAUUUCCACUUGGGAUCUGGAUCCAAGGCACUGCUAUCGUAUUACUUGGUUCACCUCCUGGAGUCCAUGUUACGAUUGUGCCCGGCAUGUGGCUGACUUCUUGUGUGCAUAUCCUAACCUGACGCUGCGAAUUUUCGCUGCCCGUUUGUACUUCUGUGAGGAACGCAAUGCUGAGCCUGAAGGGUUAAGACGUCUACACCGUGCAGGAGCUCAGAUUGCCAUCAUGACAUUCAAAGACUAUUUUUACUGCUGGAACACCUUUGUGGAAAACCGCAAAAAAACCUUCAAAGCCUGGGAAGGACUUCAUGAAAAUUCUGUGCGUCUUACCAGACAACUCCGGCGUAUCCUUUUGCCUCUUUAUGAAAUUGAUGACCUGCGAGAUGCUUUCCAAACCCUUGGACUUUAAAUUCCUGCUUGGGGAGAAAUGAAGAUGAAAAAAUGUCAACAUGUUUUGCGAUAGUCUUCAACAUCCAACUUUUUCUCCCAGUUCUUUCCUUCCUACCAUAAGUAUCAAAUUCUGAAAAAAAGCAUAUUUAAGAAAAAAAUGGCAAGGUCUUUUGAAUACUCUUCUUUUGCAUACUGGGACUAGGGCUUGUUGUACUGUCCUCCAUGGGAAGAAGUAAAUCCAAUCAAACUGUCCAAGGCACGUGGCCACAUUUAUUAUUACUAUCACAAAGGUCAGCCAGAUAAAUGGAUAAUUUAGGAAGAUAGCUGUUUGUGCUAAACAAAAGGAUCUAAUUAAAUCUUCUAGAAUGAAUGAUAGAUGUGGAAGUCAAAUAUUAAACUUUUAAAAUUGCCAAGGUAUUUAGCAUCCACAAAAAACUCAGUUUACAUGGAAGAAAAGAUGAAAUUUGAAUCCUGAUGCCGUAACACUGCAUAGAAACUAAUACAUUUCAUCAUAUUGUUACUAGUAGAAGCCCACUGUAAGUCUGGAGAGCACUGCUGCUUUGACACUGGAUUUGUGCUUGGUCUUCAUUAUGUCAUGAUUGUAAGCCAAAACACUUGCAAAAAAGUAUUUUCAAAGAUACACCA